GACGGACAUAAGGUUCAAAUUGAGCGAGAGGAAGAGGAACAAGAUAUAUGACUUCUUAUUCCUGCAAACACGACCAAGGAAGGACAAUGACGCCGAGACGUCCGUCGCAGGGACCACAUGUUGGCGUUGCUCGACAACUACCAUGGCACCUCCCUCAUGAACGCGAAGACCUUCCUCGAAAGGUUACAGUCCCUGUACUUCGUCGAGUCCGAGGAGGAGUUGACGUUCGGCAGUUACGCUUCCUUAAUCUCCACUGACGACGAGGCACCCACCGGUGUCGAGCUCUACGCUAAUGCGAAGGAGGAGGAGAGCGACACCGAGAGCCUCGACCUGCGGUAUGACCCACCUCCGGCGGAGCACGCCCGAGGGUCCUUGUCGGUCGGUCCGUCAACAAGCCCGACAUCCCUCGUGUCACCGAUGGCCAAACCGGCGCCGGGCACUAUGUCGAUGAAGUUGUUGGAGAGACUGAAAGCUCUGGCCAUCCCCCCGCGCACAUUGCGUCCCGGGUCUGAUAUCCCGCCCGAUCAUCCGUCUUGGAAGGAUGACAACAUUCACUUCCUUCUUGAGCCGCGAAGUCAUUCACCUGAGGUGGACUGGGGCCAUGACAUGAUUUGGCAUCCAGGAGUCAUCCAGCCCACGAUACAAAAGGGCGAGUGGAUCAUGGCCGUAGCAGUCCCGGGCGCGGGAUGGGUGUCCAUCGCUCGCGAGUCGAAGUCCAACUUCCUGCACCUCGCGAGGAUUUUGAUCCUCCAAAAAGACAAGUGCUGGUUGGAACUGAUUGAGGACUACUACAAGCUCAACACGAGCCCGUCGAAGGGUAUGGUGGACUGGAAAGUGCCCCCUCCCAGUCGGGCACAUGGGAGUUCCGGGGGGGGCCCACCAGGCGGUGGAGGGGAUGGGGGUGGCAGUGCGGGGGGUGUCAACGGAGUCCCGCAUAGUGGGGAGGGCGGGUCUCACGGCGACACCACGACAACGGAAGGCAGCAGUGGGGUGGUGGGUUGGGCCAUCGAUCGGCAUCCGUCUACUGGCCCCGGGUCGGAGCAUGCGACGCAGUCUAUCGACCUUCCGACUUCGUCCGUCGGCUCACCGAGGGAGACGAUGGCAGCCUUGGUUGCUCCCGGUAGCCGUUCGGGCAGAACGCUAAAGUCCGUCGGGAUCCGAACUACGUCGGUUGAGGUGCCACCACAGCGGUCCUCCAUGCAGAGUUGGCCGGGGGUGGGGGAGCCGAGCAAGGAUCCCACAAUUGGCAGCGGUGCGGUGAGGGAUGAGAAUGCAUCUGGAGGGUGCGACGACACGGAGACGACGAACUUCGCCGAGAUCCGAACUUCUCUAGGUGGGGGGGGUCAGUCGGGAGGGGAAGCAUGCAUGGAAACAGAAGGGCGGUCGUCGAGAUUCAACACGGGUUCUGGAGAAGGGGUUGAAUUGCAUGGAAGGGAAGGAGGGGAGGAAAUGGAGGACGGGAAGGAAGGGGAAGAAGGGAAAGAAGGGGAGAAAGGAGAGGAAGGAGGAGAAACGAAGCUGAUUGACUUGCUUGAAGAAAAAAAUAGUGCCAAAGGGGACGUGGGUAUUGGAGACGACGAAGGGGAAGACAAUGAGGACGAUGCCGGAUCUGGAGAGUCGUCUGGCGAGUUCGGACAACUGUACGGAGAGCAUCGCGAGGAUGAUGUCGACGACGAUGUCACGGCAAUGGAGAUGGAGACACAACAAGUUGUCGAGAACAUCAAGAAGUCUCAGGAAGCAAUGAUUGGUUCUGAGAACAAACAUCGACGACAGUCCACAUUUCAGGUAGGAGAAGUUUCUGGGUUAAGUGGCUUCACUCGGCAAUCGUGGAAUCCUGAUUACAAAGAAAGGAAUGAUAAGGUGGAGAAGAUGUGGUCGUGGAUGUCCGGAGAUAUUGAGGAGCAGGAACGUAUCAAGAGAGAGAAAGCGGAGGCUGCUAAGAAAGUGAAGGAGGCUAGUCAGGAUGAAGUGGCAAAAAAGCAGAAGGAGGAAAAUGACAAAGAAGAUUUCAAGGUCAGUAUUGGAAAAAUGGUUGGCAAUCAGAUGAAACUCGUUUGUGAGGAAGUACUGGGUAGGAGAGUUGAUGUCGGCGAGUCUCUUAUUCCCCUAACCUCUGAGGCAAUUCGAAGGAGAAAUGAUGGUGAUGCGAGAAAAGAUCAGACGAACGACGUUAUAAAGAAGAAGGAUGACGAGAUUCUCCAGCUGAAGCAUGCGAUGGCCGACUUGCAACGGAAGGUUUGCCGAGUCAAUGACACGAAUCAGGAGCUGCAGGUCCUAAGGUCUGACAACGAACAUCUUAUCGAAGAUGUCAUUUGCUUGAAGGAACAAGUCAAGGCGUUGAUGAAGAAUUCUACGAAUACUACAGCUGGGGCUGCUGCGACGACUGCGAUGCCGAAUCAAUGUGGCGACACUCCCACGACAGGCGAUUACGUGAAGUUGUCUGACGCAUAUCGCAAACUUCGUGAUAAUAAGGAUUUGGCAGAAAGAGAGGUCGAAGCUCUCAAUGAAAGGAUCAAGCGGGUUAGUGUUGCGACUUCUCCUACUCCAUCUAGUGUGAAGAGGAAGCGGAUUGCACGGAAAAGUGGGUCACCUUCCAAUCGUAGGAGCAGAUUGAGUAAGGCAGCAAGCCCGAAACAGUCCGGAGAGGCACAAGAGCGCGUACGUGUGGCAUUUGAGAAACUUCUUAACGAGGAUCGAAAGAACUUUCGGAGAAGAGUCUGCGGAGAACUCUUCAAGAUGAAAAAGCAGGAGAUCGAGAACUUUUGCGAUGAUGAACGACUCACCUACAUCACUAUCAAGUCGUCAGCGGAGGAGAUUGCGGGCAUCUACACAGAACGAGCCUACGGUAAACGAGAGAGCAAGCAAAUUUUAGUGGAUGAUGUCCUCGAUAUCGAUGAUUCCGAGAAUUCGAAUGAUCUUGCUGAGCAAAGCGAAGAGGGUGAAGAGGAUGUCUCCGGCGUCCUGCGAGAGGUAUGGAAGUCGGUGGAUCGAAGUCGGGAAGUCGGGGAAGGGAAGUCGGGGGAGGGAAGACGGGGGAGGGGAGUCAGGAAGUCGGCGGAGUCGGUAUAAGGCUUCGAGGGUGGGGUCUUUAGCGUGGGCGAGGAGGGUGUGCCGACAUGGCGGGGAGGGAGGCCAGAGUUCGUACUGAAUGAGGAGUUUGAGAACGAUUUGAAGGCGAAGCACGUGAUUUGGAAAUACAUCCAGAAAGGGCAGGUGUUUGUGAGCCCCACGGGAGCAGACCCGAAGGGCAAUUGCGAGUUGCGGUGUCGAUUGUGUGGCCACCGGUGGGUUGGCAACCAAACCAAGGCAAGUGCACACUUCAAUACCACACGCGAGCAUGACAGGUAUCUGCACACGUGUGUAUACAUAAUGAGGGAGUUGCAACGCGUGGGCGUCGCACUUAAGGGGUCCCUCCCUGUCUACGUGAGGGAGGCGGACAGGGAUGGCGAGCUCGAUUUCGAGCAUCCCCUUAACUGGAGAUUGCCCGGCGUCACGGUACGAGAGCCCCCCCUGGUCCCCGUGCGCGACUUGGCUCGCGGAGGACGGGGCCCACAACGGCCGGACCGAGCAGGUCAGGCAGCAGAGGGACGACGACGUGGAGCAGGCUCCUCCAGAGGAGCGGGCCCGUCUGGAGGAGUGGGCCCUCAUGAUGAGGGCUCGUCGGAAGUGCAAAACGAGGGCAGGGGAGAUGGUGCAGAGGGCACCCUGACGAGACAAUUUGAUCCAAUGGGGAAGAGGGUGUGUGAUCCUCGCGGUGCUGUCGGGCCCACGAGGGCAUGCCGUGAGGCGGAGGGAUCAUCACGAGCUCCACAGGACGAGCAACAGUGGUGGAGGUCGAGGAUGCUACAACAGGCGAGAGAUGAGGGCAUUCAGGUCCCCGCAGACCUCGAGGAGGGGCUUGCGAUUGCCCCUAUGGAGGGUAGACAGGCUCGUCACCAAGUGCCGCACCUGACUCAGACUCGCCUGGAUGAAUGGGUUCAGCACCCCAUCCAGUAUGACCUGGAUAUGGCCUGCAUCCGAUUCUUUGUGGGCUGCAGUGUGCCAUUCAACAUCGCCAGAUCGGAGUGGUAUGUGGCGCUUCAUGACGUCUAUCUCAGUCAGUUUAGGGGUCCCUACAGGCCGCGUCAUCCACAAUACGAGUUCCUGCGGAUGACUCUGUUGUCCAUGUUGUACGCAGAGCUCGACAAGCGCUUGAGGUAUCACCGUGAGUCGUGGUCUGAGGGGGUCACUUUCAUGACUGACGGUUGGUCGACUCAGGCCAACUGCCCUCUCUGCAACUACUUGGUUGCAAGGAGGUUGGGGGCAUCGCUCUACCGGGUGGAGGAUAUGUUUGCCAGGGAGAGGACCGGGGCAGGUUUGUGCCGCAGAUGGAGGGAGCUCAUCCUCGAGAUCGGUGCAGAGCAUGUGGUCGCCAUAUGCACGGACAACGCGUUAGCCAACAAGGAGGCUUACCGUUUGCUCCGUGGCGACCMCGAUGAGCGACUGCGCCGCAUCACAURGAUUCCUUGUGGUUCGACCUUCUUCGCGAUCCGCGGUGGUGGCAAUAGGUGGAGCUUGUGCACUAUUAUGGAGCCAAUUUACGAGCUCCUGCAGCAGGUCGAUUUUGACGGGCGGAGAGUCGACGAUGUAUGGGGAUUGUUUGAGUGCCUGCGGAUCACGGUCGACAGACUGUCGCUUGAUGAGGCUUGUCACAUGCCCAUCAAGAAGAUAGUUAAGGAGAGGUCGGACAUGCUUUUGACCCCCAUUCAUUGUGCUGCGUACUUGUUGCACCCCAAGUACCGCAGCAUCGACCUUUUGAUGCGUGGGACGACAGAGGAGCGCAUUCUCCAACUCGAGUACAUGGGGAGCCAGAUUGAGGGUGGUCGACAGGGCCCGCUGAUGACAGUCGUGUGGAGUUCUCUGCAGGACUUCCACGGCAAGUAUCCCACACUUGCUCACUGGGGGGGGGACAUUGGGGAUGGGAGCGUGGAGGAGCCCGACUUUUAUCCUGUGCAAUGGUGGAGGGUGCAGGGGGCCAGUCAUCGGGUGUUGCGGGACAUUGCCAUGCGCUGCUUGGGUUGGGCGUUGAGCAGUUGGAGAAGCUUAUGUUCUGUCAUUGGAACCUCAAGCUUCUCAAGAGUAGUCACGCGCGCUGGGGGGUUUAUCGGGGCUGGUCUCCCCAGGGUUGGAUUGACCGAUGUUGAGAGGAGGGCUGAGGACUUUGCUCGCUACGAGCCGGACGAGAUGGCUCCUGGGACGUACGGCCCGGUGGAGAUCGAGAGGGAGGCCGGCCGCCUUAGGAGACAGCCGAGGGGCAGACGCUUGGCGAGGGCUGCAGCAGCACUGGCCCACCAGAUUCGUCACCAGGGCGAGGAGGCGGUUCAGGGGGAGGACGUUAUUGAUGAUGAUGUCUCCAGGUUGACGGAGCCUUAUCGAGGAUACGGGUUCUUAGAGCGGGAGGCCCCUGUGACUGUGAGCCCUGCGGGUCGGGUGCUCCCGCCACGAGCGGCGAAUGAUUGUGCAGGCGUCCCUGCCGCCGCGCUCGCACCGGAGGCAAGCUCCCACAGCCUGCCUGUGGACGAUGCAGACGACAUUUUGGGCGGCACCGAUGGAGACAUUGCGAGCGUGGGAGGGAAUCGCGCAGCGAGGGCCGCUUGAUCUUCCUUCCCUCGGUGCACAAUUGUCAGCGUCGGGUGCAGUUGGUGAGA